AUGUCUCACUUUGCGGCGAUUAUUCCGGCUGGCAAGGCUCUGCUCGAGAUCCAGGAGGUUAAGACGCCCCAGCCCGGACCUGAUGAGCUUCUUGUGAAAAAUGAAAUAAUCGCCCUUAUACCAAUCGACGCCAAGCUCGCAAAGUUCGGAGUUUUCCCCAUUCCAUACCCCGCCAUCCUGGGCACUUCAUUCGGCGGCACAGUAAUCUCCGUGGGCUCCGCGGUCACCAAUUUCCAAGUUGGAGACAAAGUAGCAGCGGCGAAAACUGCUGGGGCCACCGGGGAUAAGUACGGUGCCUUCCAAACACGCGUCAUUGCCCGUGAGGUUACGACGAGCAAACUCCCGCAGAAUGUUAACCUCGGAGGCCCCGUCGGUUUGAUCGGAAACCUCAGCACUGUUGUUGGUCUGUUUAACGUGGGUGCGGGGCUGGAAAGACCAGAAACCAACGGCCCAGCAUCAGCCAAAGGAAAGAAGAUCCUAGUAUAUAGUAGCACGUCCAGCUUCGGAAGUCUCGCGGUGCAAUACCUUCGCCAAGCCGGUUUCUUCUUCUAA